CAGAGCAAGACCGAUGAUAACCAUGGUCCCUGUCCUGCUAUCCCUGCCUCUCCUCUUGGGUACUGCAGCACCCCCAGAAAGCCCUGUUGGUGCUCACCACACUCUGACCUUUCUCUACACCGGGGUGUCCAGGCCCAGCAGAGGCCUCCCCAGGUUUCAGGCCCUCGCCUUUCUCAAUGACCAGGCCUUCUUCCACUAUGACAGUGAGAGCCAGCAAGCACAGCCCCUGGGCCCAUGGAGCCAGCUGAGAGGGAUGGAGGACUGGAACAAGGAGAGCCAGCUUCAGAAAGCCAGGGAGGAAAUAUUUCUGGUGACCCUGAAAGACAUCAUGGAUUAUUACCAGGACAGCGAAGGGUCUCACACCUUCCAGGGCAGGUUCGGUUGCGAGCUCUGGAGUAAUGGAAGUAGUGGAGCAUCCUGGAGUUAUGCAUAUGACGGAAAGGACUUCAUCAAGUUCAACAAAGACAUCCCAGCCUGGAUUCCCUUGGAUGCAGCAGCCCUGGAAAUGAAGAAGAAAUGGGAGGCAGAGAAGGUCUACUUGCAGCGAGCCAAGGCAUACCUGGAGGAAGAAUGUCCCGGAUUGCUACGGAGGUACCUGAACUACAGCAGGACACAGCUGGACCGGCAAGACCCUCCUUCUGUAUGGGUCACAAGCCACGUGGUCCCUGGAAGACACAGGACCCUCAAAUGCCUGGCCUAUGACUUCUACCCACGAGGAAUCAGCCUGCGCUGGAACCAGGCCCACAAGGCCCAGGAGUCUGAAUCAGAGAGGGUCAUUCUUCCCAGUGGGAAUGGCACUUACCAGGCCUGGGUGCUGCUGAGGAUCGGCCCCCAAGACAAAGCCCCGCACAUGUGCAGUGUGCAGCACCCGGCCCUGCCCCAGCCGCUCACAGCACAGUGGCAGGAGAGGUAGAGAGCCAGGCCAAGGGUCUUCAGGAGACUUCCCUGGGAACGCAGCACAAAGGACAGCACAAAUCCAAGUGAUGGAUCUGGAGGCAAAAGGCUUGGAGUUCACACUCUGCCAAAUUGCCCCCUUGUUUAAAAAUUAAUAAUAAUUGUCCAGUCUGUAAACCCUCCCUCAAAAUCAUCCCUGUCGCCAAGCACUGGUGGCUCACGCCUCUUAUCCUAACUAUUCAGGAGGCUGAGAUCUGAGGAUCAUGGUUCAGAACCAGCCUGGUCAGGAAAGUCUGGGAGACUCUUAUC